GAUGCCCCAGAGGCAGCCAAGGAAGGGCGGGGAGGAUGGGGCUCCGGCACUCGCCCAGCUCCGGUCGGGUUAGGGGCAGCUGCCAUUCUACAAAAAGAGGCAGGAUUCGAGCUGCACCGCCAGAGGAUUCCGUGGGCCCAUCGCACCUGUCAGCAGAAAUCAGGGCCUGUCACAGUCAGUAUUUAAGACAAAACAAAAACCUGUCGUUCCCUCAUAUGCCUGUCACGCAGGGAGAAAGGACCAGGUGACUAGGAGAAGGGAGAGGUGGGCGUACUCAGAGAGUUGAGAUGUCAGCCUUUAACCCUCAAAUUUCUACUCUCUUCCCUCAGACCAAGGGGUUCAAGUCCCCAACCUUCCUCCCUCAGACCCAGACUCAGGAUUCCAGGCUCCAGCCUCUUUCAUCAGACGCAGGGGUUCAGACCCUAGCCUUCUGCCUCAGUCCCAAGGGACCAGCCAUAGCUUCUCUCCCAGACUUCUCUGAUCUCAGGAGCCCCACUUCACUUCCAGACCCUCUGACCCGAGGACUGAGAGCAGGCUCUGUCUCCAUGAAGGCUUUACCUCUAUCUGACUCUUCCUCCCUCUCCCCCAGGCCACUGAGGGCUCGAAUUGGGGAUGACCACCUGCUGCUUUUCCAAAAGGAGCAGCUUCGGUCCACGAAAUCCCCCGUUUUCCACCCCAAGUACCAGCCUUGCUCAGGCCCCAUCCUGCCACACCGCUCAGAUGAACACGACCUCAUGAUGCUGAAGCUGAGCAGUCCUGUCGUGCUAACGCCCAGCGUGCAUCCUGUGCAACUGCCCUUCCGAUGCGCCCAGCCAGGGCAGGAGUGCCAGGUCGCAGGCUGGGGGACCACAGCCGCCCGCAGAGUGAAGUACAACAGGAGCCUGAGCUGCUCCAGGGUAACUCUCCUUAGCCAGAAGCAGUGUGAGGUCUUCUACCCGGGCGUGAUCACCAACAACAUGAUUUGUGCUGGGCUGGACAGAAACCAGGACUCUUGCCAGAGUGAUUCUGGCGGACCGCUGGUAUGUGACAACACUCUGCAUGGCAUCCUCUCAUGGGGCAUUUACCCCUGUGGUGCUACCCAGCAUCCAGCUGUCUACACUGAGAUCUGCAAAUACAUUCCCUGGAUCCAGAGAGUCAUUCGUUCCCCAUGACCAGCCUCUCACACCCUUCUUCCCCAACCCCUUCCAUCCUGUCAUGCCCGCUCACACCUCUGAGCAUGCAUCCUCUCCCCUCAUCCCCUGCCCACUCCUGUCCUCUGCUUACAAGUGCAGGAAAUGGUGGCCGAGAAACCUCCAGUACCUCAAGGAAGCUGGCAAUCCCCCAGUCUCUGAGUGUCAUCAGAGUCAUUCAACCUGGCUUCCUCUACCUCCCUCUUCCGUGUGACUGAGGCAAGCCUGGGACUCUCUCUGUGCCUUGGUUUCCUGUCUGAAAAAUGGGGACAAUGAAUUGUCUACCUCUUGCAUAUGUUGUAUAGAGAUCAUGAUGGAAUGUGCAUGUGUGGAUUUUAUGGUAAUUGUCGCGGAGACGUGGACACAGUCUGGUGAGCUCUGAUUAAACACUACCUGAUCUGA